UUCUCUCUCUUUCAAAAAAGAAAAAAACACUCUUCAGACCUGAGCUCAUAUCUCACCCUCGAAUUCCCUUUGACACUCUUUUUCUCUCUCCUCUCAUCUCUACUUUUCUUCCUAAACUUGUCGCAAUUUCCGCAAAUAUUAUUCGAUCAGGUACCUUUAAUUUCUAAUUUUUAUUUUUAUUUUGGGGAUUUCUUUCGAUUUCGUUGUGCAAUUUCAAGCUGAAGUUGAUAAGAGAGGGAAAUUAAAGCAACCAUCAACACUUUUACAGGGGAAAUCAGGUACUUUGAUGCUUCGGCUCAUAUGUGACUAUGUGAGUUUGUGUUAUUGCACGCUCAAUACCUCUUGUUUGCUUCAUUGGAGGCUGGUUGACAUCAAACACAGUUUGCAGUCUUCUGUCCAGCUAGAUAUUGUAAUUCACGAAUCCCAUUCUUUUUGAGGUAAAAAGGAAAAUAGUUGCAGGAUACAUAGAUGCAAUAACGGAAUGCCUAGGUGUCACCCACUGAUGUUAAUUUGUUGUGGGGAAAUGCAUGAAAUGGAUAAAAUAAUGAAAUGGAGAGCUUAUAUUGAUGUCAUAAAUGAUGGCCUGUGUUCAGUGAUGGAAAUAGAAAAGGAACUUCAGCACCAGAGCCACAUGGGCGGGGACUAGAAGUAAUCUCUUUGCUUCAGGAAUCACAGGGCUGCGUACUUUUGUGAGGAUGAAUUCAACAGAUUAUCAUAGAAAAGACUGUGGACGCAUGGCAACCCAUAGUGGCUCUCGCAAGAACCAACUCCAUAAUCGUCGAGAUGCACAACCAAAUCAUUUGCAGAAGUUCAAAGACUCUGUUACUUCUGAUAAGGCAUCUGUCGAUGUGAAUAACUUAACGCAACUCCACAGAGAAAGUAUUAGUGGUGCAGGCGUUCCAGAGAUUGUUGUUAGUUCUCCUGUAGUAACUCCUGUCCCUACAUUUACGUUUGACGUAUGUUGCGAGGAUGGAAUUCAACUUUUUGUUGAUCUGAAUUCAAGCCCAUCAAACUGGAUUGAGAGUUUAAAAUCCGGAGUUCAUAUAAACGAUGUUGUACACAAGCCCAAAUCUCAAAGUUUUCAUGAAGACAUAGGCCUUUUAUGUUGUCCUAAGCAAAAAAAUGGUUCUGCUACUAUAGGUUCAUCUAAGGAGACCGAUAAUGGCCAUCUUCAAGAUGGAUCUUACCCAACCACAUUAUUGACUGGUAAUCUGGCAACAACAGGUGCACCUGAUGAAGGAGAAGGACCUUUGUCUUCACCUGGAUUGAAAUUCUUAAGCAAUGCUGGUCAUAGCCCGGGGAAUGUGAUAGAUGAACAAGGAUAUUUUACAUCCAGACUUGAAUCUGUUACUGAGAGACAACUUCCCGGUGCAAAAUCUAGCAGAAGAGAGGGAAUAUUUGCUGCUGAUCCAGAUGUAUAUGCAGCUGUCCAGACUAGAAACCAUUUUAAAAUUACAGGGAAUUCUGUGCCAUCUGAUCCUAAAUGUUCAUGGAUGCCAGCACAUCAGGGUUCAGAUGCCGGUAAUGGCAUUUGUGAAAUCCCACUCUUUCAGCAAACUAAUUGCUCUGUGGACCCUGUUGUGAAAUGUAAUGAGUCGUCAACAACUGUUCGCAUGGAGAUGAAAGGAUCAACUGUUGCUACUAUGAGUCAGGAUAUUGAACAUUCUCCUACUGGAAUUGGUAGAUGUGUAAAUGUGGUUGACCGACUAAAGAAUAACGAAGUGGUUUUGUCUCGAACAGUUAAAUCUAUUCAGGCUCCCAGUAAUGAGCUUCAGAUGUGGCCUGUACAAGCAGUUGAUCAGAGCACAUGUGUGUCUCCUGUAUUGAAUAGUAUUUCAUCAUAUCUUGCUGAUAGUAGGAGUGAAGUGGAAACUCACAGCAGAAGACGCUUCUUCAGGAAAUCUGAUAGGAAUAUAAAAGAGACCCAAUCUUAUUCAGCGGGUAAUCACUCAAAAGGCGGAUAUGUUUCUCCUUGUCACAGAUAUGAGUCCCAGAAUGUUAUCAAUCAUACUAAGGGUAUUGAAACAGAAACUGCUGGAUUUCUAAGGAAACAGGGGGCUGGUAUUGAAACUGAUGCAGCACUUUAUCCUUGCCAUAUUGACGGGUCCCUUGAGUUGGUUGUUCCUAGGAAAAAUGGGGUAGAUCAUUGCAUUACAACUAAAUCAAAUGAGCUUCAAGAGGACAUUUGCAGGAACCCAUAUACAGCCAAUGUGGGAAAUCUGGGUAAGAGCGACACUGGAAGUGGAAGGGAGGGAUCAGAAUGCUUGAACUUUAAUAAUCUAACAAAGAAGCCAUGGAAAAAGCCUCUGGAUCCAGAAUAUACUGGGGAACACAAGAGGAAGAGAAAUUUUAAUAGCGAUGAACAUCAAAGUAAAUUGGUAAAUGCCCAGGCAAAGAUUUUGAGGUCUUCAAACCAGUUUGCUGAAGAUGACCAUUCAAAACGAAGAAGAUCGUCACGGCUUUUUACCAAGUGAGUUGUGGAGGACACAAGUAGAGUUGCUCAUGAUAUUUGGUGAAAGCUGAGAUGCAAUUUAGGUUUGCUUAUAAGUUGGAGAACACAUAGAUACAAAGAAAGAAUAAGGGUGCUGCAUACUACACAUUUUUAGUUACUUGCUAUGUAAUGCCACGUAAUUUGUUAUCAUAAUCUUGCCCUUUCUGUCUACAUGACAUGAGGCCAUUUUUUCCUUCUAUUUUUUUUAUUUUAGUUUGCUCUCUGUUUUGAGGCUUGUAUAUAAUCAGGAUGCAUUUCAAUUAUAUUUCUUAGUUUUCUUGCUCUUUCUUUUGAUUUGUGUGAUACAUUUUACAUUUAUAAUACAAGGUAUUCUUGAACC